ACUCCGAAUCAUUUACGAACGAAGCACCACGUACCACGGCUUAGCUGCUUCCUCGCAGACUUGAGCUGUGAAUUUAAAAGUCGUUAGUUGUUGUUGUUGUUACUAUGUCGACACUGAAGAGAGUUGUAUGGCCCCAAAUCAUUCUCUUCGGCGACUCAAUAACACAGUUUGCCUUUCAAGCGAACGGAUGGGGAUCUGAAAUCUCUAAUAAACUCGCGAGAAAAUGCGACGUUGUAAACAGGGGCUUGUCGGGAUACAACACAAGGUGGGCUAAGAUUGUGCUUCCUCGCAUUGUGCCCAUUUCUGAUGCUCCCAUAGCGGCUGUGACUGUUUUCUUUGGCGCUAAUGAUUGUGCUUUGGAAGACAAGAACCCCGCGCAUCACGUGCCUCUCCAAGAGUUCUCAGAAAAUCUGAAGGACAUUGUCAGAUAUCUGGUGUCUAUAGGAGUGUCCAAUGACAAGAUCAUCUUCAUCACACCACCACCACUUCAAGAAGCCGCCUGGGAGAAAGAGUGCUUGCUGAAAGGUUCAGCUUUGAAUCGGUCGAACUCUGUGGCUGGUCAGUAUGCGCAGGCCUGUGUCCAGGCUGCAGGACAGUCUGGUGUGGAUGUUCUGGACCUCUGGACACUCAUGCAAAAAGAUGGACAGGAUUUCUCAGUGUAUCUUUCGGACGGACUGCAUCUUUCUGAUAAAGGCAACCAGUUUGUGGAAGAGCAUUUAUGGACACUUCUUGAGCGGCGAGUGACUGAUUUGCCCUUCAUUCUGCCUUACUGGGGGGAUGUGGACCCAAAAUGCCCUGAGAGCAGCCUACUGUGCGAUUAAAACGCAGGUCACAAGAUGGACAGCGGAUAAAAAACCAUUCAGUUCCUGUGGUUUAAAUGUGAACAUUUUUAGAUACACUUAACAGCGGUGGAAGGACCAGCCGCCAGUCCUAUUUGAAGUGUUUUGAGUCACUCAAGCAAGUUAAAUGAUAGAUGCCAAGGAUUAUGUUUGAUGUUCUGCCAAAAAAUUCAGAUUAAAGUAUUGGCGAGGUCAAUUGAUUUACUGGGGCGCUAACAUUCACACACAAAGCUUCUAGUAGGGACAAUAACUGCUUUCAUAUCUAUAUCUCCUAGCAAAAUCAAAUGCAUUUUCAUGCAUUUUUUUUUUUUUUUCCAGUGUAGGUCCAUAAAAUAAUUAGAAACACUUCAGUGUGGAGGCAGUUUAUUCAUGUGGGUUCAUAUCCCAAGAAUAUGUUAAAUAAAUGUAACAACCAAGCAUAAGAAACACAUUGAAUAAUAGCAGAUUGACAUCAAAUACAGCUUUCAACUUCCAAGUGUGAGGUUUUAAUUCUGAUUCGAUAUACAGGAAUAUAACAAACAAUACAAAAUAUAUAUUUAGUCCAUAGACUUAUGGCACAUGAAAAUGUUAAAACUCAACUUUAAUAAUCAUAGAUAUUUCACAGUGGGGGCAUAAUAGUCCUUUCUAAAGUAUCGAUUGAUUUUGGUCACAUCUAUACAAAUGUUUUAGUGGCAACAAGAGAAAAUCUAUGAAAUAUGCACAUCCCUCGGCUCUGUAAUCAGUAUUUCACAUAAUUAUACUGCUAUAUUAAAAUGACACAAGAUGCUAUAGAGUGUAUAGAAGCACAUAUAAACUGAACAAGCCUUAAAAUGCAAAAAUAUAUGAAAUAUAUUGUUUAA